AUGGAGUGUCUGUUUGGUAUAACUGGCAAGGAUUUCACGCUGCUUGCAGCCGACACCACCUCAGCACGCAGCAUCGUGGUCAUGAAGGGCACCGAAAACAAAUCGCGUCAACUCAACGAUCAUACCGUUAUGCUAUUCUCUGGUGAACCAGGCGAUACUGUCAACUUUGCCGAAUACAUCCAGCGCAACAUUAAGCUUUACAAAAUUCGAAACGACAUUGACCUUAGCCCCAAAGCAACUGCUACAUUUACACGCCGAGAACUGGCCGAUUCGCUUCGCAGCAGGCACCCAUAUUCUGUCAACAUGUUGAUCGGUGGUUACGACGCAAAGGCAGACAAGCCUGAACUGUUUUGGGUGGACUAUCUCGGUGCGAUGGCCUCUUUACCUUAUGGCGCACAAGGCUAUGGCGCUUACUUUUGCACAUCAUUAAUGGAUCGUUACCAUUACGCUGAUAUGGAUUUGGAAGAGGGCAAGGACUUAAUGCGCAAAUGCAUCCAGGAACUCAAGACACGUUUCAUUGUAAAUCUUCCAAAAUUCAAGGUUCAAGUGGUAACGAAGGAAGGUACCAAGGAGGUUGAACUGUGA